AGCAGCAGCAGCAGCAGAGGAAGAGGAAGAAGCAGCAGCAGCAGGCCAAAACGCAACGAGGCAAAGGCAAAAGGCCAACUGGCAGCCGAGGGAGCAGCCAACGCAACAGCAGCAGUUGAAUCACACCCCUUUCCGUCCGUUCCCUCUCACUCUCUCUCUCUCUCUCUCUGGCUCUAUCCCCGUGUAUGUGUGUGUGCGUGGAAGAGAGAUAGUGAAUCGAGCUCAAUUACGCCGCCAAACUGUCGUGUCAGCAACAAGAAGAAGAAACGUGAAAUGUGCAAUUCCUGGCUGCUGCUCAUAAUUGCGCUCACUGUUGUCUGCCUGUGGAACUCGCAACAAACCGAAACAUCCAAAUCAUGCCCAGCCGAGUGCAUCUGCUUGUCCCAGACUCAAGUGCUGUGUAACACGGGCGGACUCGAGCAGAUUCCACUGCGCCAGCUGCCAGCGACAGUGGAGAAUCUGGCAUUGACGAAAAACAACUUUCCCAUCAUUAAGCCGGACUCGUUUGCCGGACUGCGGGCGCUGAAGAAGCUAUCGCUGGAUGGCAACAACAUAACGCGCAUCAAACAGUUCGCAUUCCGUGGCCUGCCCCGAUUGCGUGAGCUAUCCAUACAGUAUACGCCGCUGCAGACGGUGGCGCAGUUCGCGUUCGCCGGACUGCAGAAUCUGUCGACCAUUCUGCUCAGUCACAAUCAGAUCCAGCGGAUCGAGGGCAACGCCUUUGCGGGCACGUCGAACAUCAAGCUGAUCCUGUUGAGCAACAAUCCGCUGAUCCGGAUCGAGACGUCGGCGUUCUCCAGCCUCACGAAUGUGGGACAUUUGAUACUGCCGUCGGGCAUACGGAGCAUCGAGCAGGACGCGUUCUUCGGCAUGGACGCUGUCGGUCUGCUGAAGCUGGCCUACAUGGAUCUCAAGGAGAUCUCGCCGUUCACCUUUCGCGGCCUGUCCAAUGUGCUGCUGCUGACGCUGCAGGAGUCCGACCUGGGCGUCAUAUGCGCCGACGCCUUCACGGGCCUCACCCAGGUGGAGACACUGCAGAUCCUCAACAACAAAAUCGACUCCAUCGAGGAGCUGAACUUCACGCACACGGCCGCCAUCAAGCAUCUGAAGUUCCAUGGCAACCAUGUGCUGGAGACGCCCGAUCCGAAUGCCAUCAUCGUGGAUGGCGUCGAUCACUUGCAGCUGAUCAACAAUCACUUCCCCUGCGGCUGCCACAUCCACACCCUGCUCGACGGGCCCCUGGCCGAGGGCGCGCACAAUCUGAGCGACUUUCUGCAGAAGAACUACUGCAUCUCGCCGCUGGAGGUGAACGGGCGCGUGAUGAGCGAACUGGACAUCGAUGCGAUCGGCCGGUGCGCCGAUCAGCUGACCAAGGGCAAUCUGGGCAGCUCGGCUGCCACACUGGCGCUCGGCCUGAAUGCCAUGCUCCUGAUCGCCGUGGCCAGCUGUGUCGAGUGGCGCUACGUUCGGCUGCUGGCCCACCUCCUCAGUCACAGUCACAUCGCUUGGCGUCGACGUCGAAAGCGCCGGCGACCCGACUAGAUCGGCCCCGCUCUACUCCAGCAC